CAAUUUUCCAUGGCAGAGUGACAAUAUGUGUAGAAGUAGAACGCGCGCCAAUGAUGCGAGUACGCCUCGAGCUAGGCAGGUAGCUUGGCAGGGCCGUUCUACCUCAGCCUCAGCUUCAACUUGACCCCUUGGUUAGUACACAGAAAGAUAUUCGUUUCACUUGUCCACUUCCCAAUCCUCUCAUUGCUACAUAGACGCGUAGGAACCAAUGAGCGCCUUGAAACGUCUUUUUAGGCGAAAGGGUAAGAGUACGAAGAGCUAUUCUGGAGCCGUUGGAGGGGGCAAACCUCAAGACGGACCAGAAAUUAACACUGCAGCUGAACCAGUUUCGACUGACGAGAAGUCAUCUUUCCGAUAUGAAGCCCUCAAUGAGCAACGGAAAGAAAUUCGCCUUAUGAGGGCCCUCACCCAGCCUCCCAAGAAGCCGUCCGAACGUUACACUGUGAGCGAUUAUGCCAGCCUUCCCGCCGCGACCACAGAUCGCAAACAAGCUCCCGAAAUCAUCAUUCAAACCUUCCCUUUGGCCUCGGCACCGCCAUAUACGGCCCUUUCCUAUCUAUAUGGGCCGGACGUCCGUGACCAAUUUGUGGCCUGUGGCGGUACCAAGCUGCCUGUCACAAGCAAUCUCGAAUACCUCCUCCGCCGUCUAACCAUGUUUCCCGGCUGGUACUGGGCAGACGCCAUUUGCAUUCGCCAGGACGAUAUUGCAGAGAAGAACUCCCAGGUGCAGCUAAUGCACGAAAUAUAUACAGCGGCACAGAAAGUCGUUGCAUUUCUGGGGGACCCGCCCGGGAACAUGGGCGUCGAGACAUUGUUGGCUCUCGAGAUGCUCAACAACAUGUUCAUUAGCAAAAGGCUACCGGCCCCCGAAUCUCGACCGCUGUACGCGCAGCACCGUGCGCGAUGUCACCGUCUCCUUUCCCUGCCUUACUUCUCACGAGGCUGGAUCAUUCAAGAGGCUUCAGUCAAUGCAAAUGCUGCCAUCUGGUACGGUAAUGCUGACAUCCCGAUUGCCCUCCUCUCAAGCGUAGUCCAAGGCAUCCAGAGCGAAAGUGGACUGUACGCACAGCUGGGCAUGGCAGAUUUAGGCGACCUCGAAAUCGAAAUAACCGGUGACGAGCUAAUGCGUAACUUCAGACAGGCAGAUACGAUCGGUCGACUGCGUGCACUUUUGCGCGGUGGUGACCGAGUGCCUCUCUGCCGAGCCCUGGCGCUAGGUCGUACUUCUAGAGUCACGGACCCUAGGGAUCAAAUUUAUGCCUUCUUGGGAUUCAUUGCUCACGAUCUCCGAGCGCGACUGAAGCCUAACUAUUCUCCCGAGAACACUGUCGAAGAUGUCCUUAUCCAGUGUGCCCGUGUCGGCCUCACAAGCAACCAAGCACUCGACGUCCUGAUGUCAGCAGGCUUUACCAAAUCCCAGCUCCCAUCAUGGGUUCCAGAUUGGACCAACUACCCCCGCAACGCCUUUAAGAUGGAUAACUACAUGUGCGCUAGUUCAUCCUCGCCUUCGAUCCGCGUGGACUCAGACAACCACAACACCGUCCUUCUUCGCGGCGCCAUCAUUGACAAGAUCACCAAAGUUCUCAAACCCCGCAAAAUGGCUUUCGCCACCACACCCUGCUCAUCAGCAUCAUACAUUGAUGAGACCCCACUGCCAGAGGGCAUUCCGAUCUCCCAGCGCCCGUUCUUCCUGUCCCUUGUGCAAGACUCGGCAUAUUGCACACUCGCUCAAGAAUACGUCUCCAACCCGUAUCCAACUGGUGAAGCCCCCGCUGACGUUGUCUGGCGCACGAUCACAGGCGACACGGGCUUGGCUACUGGUGGCUCAUUACGACCCGUGCAGGAAAUUGACUAUGUUCGCGCUGCAGCGUUCAGCCAUUUAUACCGUCCUCAUUCGCGAGUUGCCAAAGAGUUCAGAAUAUCUGUCGCCGGUGCAGAGCGGACAGCGCUGUUUUCUCUAGCCGAUAGUUAUCAUCAGCAAGUCGCGUAUAUCCAAGAGGGUAGGAGAGGUGCUAUGACGGAAAAAAGGUAUCUCGCAGUCCUGCCGGACACAGCGGACACAGGGGAUUUGGUUGCGCUUGCGUUGGGGGUCAGCAUGCCUUUGAUUAUGAGAAAGGUUGAAUCGGAGGGAGACAUUAGAUAUCGCUUGAUGGGAGCAGCACUUGUGCAUGGAAUCAUGGACGGGGAGCUCAUGGAGCAAGGUGGCGAUACCGCUGAUGGUGGUUGGAAGGUGAAAGGGGCUCAGGUUGAGGACAUUAGAAUCGUCUAGCUGGGAUCGAAAGCUCAAGAACUCGAGUCUAAAGAGGCUUCUCCGCGAGAGGAUACGCUCGACCGGACCAUUAUCAACAGAAGCCCACGAUCCUGAACUGCGAUACCACCGCUCUGUCAGAAGCCGAGUGCUCCCUAAUGGAUAUACGUCCCGUAUGGCGCCGAGCAAGGCAUUCAGGAUGGCGUUGUGUGCCAGAGACGAUGGAUAGAAGGCAAUCAUAGUUGGGGGAUUGCCGCAAUUCUCCUCGCUGUCUAUCCCUUGGCCGUUCUCAAGAUCGCCGAUUUCUGAACUUGAAAACAAGUACAACGGGAGACCGUUGGUGCCAAUUCUCGGGCCCACUGAUAAGGGAUUUUAGCCUUACCAGCCUUUGGGGAGUUGAACAGUGUGUCUGGAGAAGUUAGCUACAGUAGCAAAUUGCUUUUCAGACAGAAAGGUCGGGUUGUAUAGAUUGUGUAUCUGGC